AUGACUCCACUUUUGCAAGCGGAAGCAAAAAUGAACACGAGUCUCUACCUCACAGAAAACAACCAACAACAUGAAUUCAGUCUCGGCAGCUCUCAUUCUUUCUAUUCUUCCUCGGUGCCCAACAGUGAAAAUAACUCAGGAAUUUUCAGCCAUAACUCUGUCAAUAAUAGCAGGGUGAGCUCCAAUGACGAGUUCACCAUUCAACAAGAUGGAAUGAACACCAUAAUGUAUAAGAACAAUAUCAGUAAGACUUUCGAAGACGACAUUUUCUAUUGUCCAAGAAGUUUGCUCACUCCAGAGGAACAAGUGGUAUACCAGGAAAUUGACAAGUAUUACAUGGAACAAGCUCUAUUGACCCAGUUACAGAUCUCUCAAACAUGUUCUUCGUCCACUCCAAAAGAGGAAAAAACUGCUAAGUUUAAUCCCUACACUUCAAAGAGCUUCAGUCCCGCUUCUUCUGAAUAG